CAUAGUCAAUAGUGUGCAUGAAAACAUACACAACUCUCGAAUGAGAAGGCGCUGUGUAGAAAAAAAUCAUGGAGGCUAACCUUAAGGUCGUCUUGUUUUGAAAGGUGGUUUACAGUGGAAAACAUGAGCUCGAAACUGCGUCUGUGUUGCUUCAGUUUCUCCUGAAGUUUCCUUUUUAAGCGAACCUUAUAAAAGUGCAACGCUUAGCUCGGAAACAACAAUACGAAUCCCCCAGGUGAGCGCAGUUGAAUGCUAAGGACUACUACAAAUUAUAGUGGCUUGGCGAUCUAUCUUUUUGCGGGUUUUUGAGUGAGACUUGGUAUCUUUUUCUUUAAUCAUUCUUUAAGCAACAAAGGUUUAUGUAUAAAGGAACCAGUGGGUAAAUGUUCUUACUGAUUCACGCUAAAAAGACAUUGUUAACAUAGUAUAAAUUCAUGGGUAAUUCCUAUAUUUGACUACAAGGAAAUACGUCAUUAACUGUGUAAUAGUUUAAAGCUACAAUUUUUUCUUAACACAGAAAAUUUGUUUUCACGCGUGCGUUUCUUUGCACGUAAUUGAGGAAAGAAAAAAAGAAAUCGACAUUGUAGGUUGCUAUCGUUGCUUUCGAGGUUUUUAAUGAAAGCGUCAUUUGGUACUAAUUUUCAACUAUUUUGUGAUCUUAUUUCAGCUUCCCUGGAACAAAUUUCCAUAACAUAAAACCUUACUAGGAUAUUUUUGGAGUUUAACAGACCAAACCUCAAGCCUCCCUUAGAACAGCCAGGGGCAAGAUUCGAUGACUUGACAGUCGCCAUUAUCUCACUGCAGUAACGGACGAUGCAUCGACAAGCGAGUGUAGAAGAUGCAUACGAUUACUUAUUUAAAAUCGUUUUGAUCGGAGACUCUGGUGUCGGGAAAUCCAACCUGUUAUCAAGGUACACCAAAAAUGAAUUUCACCUCGGAUCUAAGGCAACGAUUGGAGUAGAGCUGGCCCAGAAGAAUAUUGAAGUAGACGGCAAAAAUAUUCGCGCACAAAUCUGGGAUACUGCAGGCAAGUCUAUUAAUUACUGCUCUUUCUUUGUAAAUGUACAAAAAUUAAAAAUAUAGUUAGAUUGCUUUUAAUUGUCCCACAGACAGAUCUGCUGUUCUAGAAACAUAGAUGGCACUUUUCUAAAAUUGAAAGGGGUCUCACCCCGUUAUAUCCUUAAGGCUAUACACUUUCUAGAUCUGAUUGUCAACUCAAGAAUAUUUGGUUUAAUUUAUUAAACUCUUCCGACAUAUGAAAAGCGAAUAAUAGAGAUGUAACAAGUACAAAAUUAAUGUGAUUUUAUUGCACUUAAAUCGAACUCCCACACAACGUUUCUUAAUAAAAAUUAGUAUGAUGUCUUCAAUAAAUUGUAAACUAGGUCUCGAUACUAAACAGAAACUUCUCGAUUAUAAUCGCUCCCUAGCCACCCGCUUAAACAUUAUUAGCUUUGAAAAUGCGUAAACAUGUUUCUUGUAUUGGUUGAUAAUAUAGAUGCACCUUUCUUAACUUAACUUUCAGGUGUAUCUAAUAUUUCAGUAAUAAAACUUCAGAUAAUUACCCGUACCUGAUAGAACAAAUAGAAUUAUUGGUUCAUAUGUACAAUGCAUAAUUAAGUUUAGAGAAUUAUGCGAGUUCGGCAUUGAGGUGUAUAAAAGUCAAGGUCUUCAGAAACCCGUUCUUUUGCUAAUCUUUUGAAAAUCGCAAUAUUAUAUAGAUAAAAGUAGCGUACGUAGGCUGACAUUAUUAAUGGCGGUAUGUAUGUGUACCAAAACUAUGAUUUUUGACUCGAAAUGUUUUGUUUUCAAAAGGAACGCUUUUCAAAAUUUACAUAACUAUGACAACUAUUUCAACUGUAGUCAAAAGACCUGAACAAAACAACUUACUGUAGAGUAAAACUUGUCAAACGUCAUAUUUGCUCGGCCCCUUAUGGGUCUUCGACUCAGUGAGGUCUUUUUUUUGGUGUGGAAGAUUAAAAUGUAACGAUAAAUGGUGUGCAUGCACAAUCUGUAUUAAUUUCACUAUUCUCCUUGGAAUAGACUUAAAGUAGAACAAUUAAAUUUGACAUUCAAUUUACUUUUACGCCGGUCGCCAAUCAUGGAGUAGGUAUGGAAUCGUCUGAAUACGUCACCAGGCUCGAAAGCUCCUGAUGGUACCGAAGACCGUCAGAGAUUAUCUGGAAAUCAGGCUUUCGAGAAUUUUUGUUUAGGAGAGAACAAAACCAUAAAAGCAUACGUUUUCAUGCGUUUACGUAAUCAAUAAACUAACUCGUAGAACGUUUAGGGUCUAAGCACAAAAAUACUUACGGUACAAAAUGUACAGGGCAAACUUCGGCCUACGAUACUUACAGCUUCAAUUUGAAUUGAUGACAAUCCAUCUGGACAUAUUUCCUAAAGAACUAAAAGGAAAUGUUGGCCAGAGCUGUAAAAUGUCCUACCAGAAAAAUGAUAAAUAAAUAUUGCAUUUCUUCAGAAGAAGAGGACGAAGAAAAGAUGAGUCUACCCUGAUACUCUACUUUCUUUAAUAAUCAUGUGAAAACGACUGCUUUAUCAGCUUUACGGACUAUGCUCAAUUACCAAAUAGAUACUUGACAUACUUGUCCUUGAUAACUUUUUCUGAAAAUCUUGUUUUGGACUCUCUCUCUCUUUAGGCCAAGAACGAUACCGAGCUAUCACAAGCGCUUACUACCGCGGAGCCCUGGGAGCCAUUUUGGUAUACGAUAUUGCUAAGGUGACGUCAUUUCAGAACCUCGACAAGUGGAUUGCUGAACUUAAACAGCAUACUGAUGCUAACUUGUGUAUCAUUAUAGUCGGCAAUAAAUCGGACCUCAAGCAUCUUAGAAUAGUAGAAACAAAGAGAGGCCAGAAAUUUGCUACCGAUCACGGCGUGUUAUUCAUGGAGACCUCUGCGCUGGAUUCCACGAACGUGAGGGAGGCAUUUGAGGACCUCGUCAUGGAAAUUUACGAAGGAGUUAAGGAACGAGAAAAAGCAAAACCACGAAAAAAUACGCUGCCACCCCCGCCCGAACAAUUAAAGGAUGCAAUUCAAAGUGGAAUAAAUGGGUCUGUCAAUCUAACGAGUGGAGAGGGCGAGAAGGGAAAACAUCGGAAAAAUAUACUACCCUGUUGCUCUACUUAACAUGUUAAUAAGAGCAAUCUUCAGUGGUGUCCACGUUUCAGUGAAGUAUUGGCCGAGGCGGAAAAUGCCAUAAUAUUCUCUAAAUUUCUGUUCGGGUAGUGGUUCAUGUGAAGGCGACUUUUGCAAUGUCUUUUGUUCUUUGCAUGAUUUGCUUGUACAAUGCAUCAGCUUCUCAUAAAUUUGCAUACACUGCACUGACGUGCAGAUCAUGAUAAGAACAAAAACUAACUCAAAAGUCAGAUUUACACGAAGCACCACCAAAUCGGCAAUGAUAUUUUCCACUUUGGCCUGGUAUGCGUGUCUUUAUUCGGCGGCGGAAAAGAACUUAAAACAGUCUUUAAUACCAGUGAAUCUGGUGAAUUAAAUCUCGUGUCGCAAAGGUUGCACAUGGACCAUUUUUAACCAACUCAUAUAUUAAAAUAUAUCUGACUCAAGAUUGUCGCACUUCUUGCAUAUGCUUUAUUAAUGAUGACGGUGUCACUAGACAGUUUUUUUGUUGUUGUUUUAGUAUAUUGCCAGACAAAUUCUUUUAGUUAUAACACACCCUAAAAAAGGAAGAGAACGUCUGGCAAUGGUGAGUUUCCGGCCUUGCUGUUACUCGACGAGAAAGGAAGAAAGUAAGGAUAUAAAGAUUUCGACAGUUUUUGGAGUUGACGUUAAGUGAACGAGGAUUUUCAUAUUAAGGUGAUUCGAGUGAUAAGCCUUUCCUCCGCUAAGAUUUUCUGCCACCGAAAUAUCGGAAAAGAUAACCUUCUUGGACAAAAGUCUCCUUUAAAGGAACUGAGAUGACACGAAAACUGAACGUAUCUACAAUGGAACCCAAUGUUGAAAGCCAUUUCUUCAAAUUGAAGGAAAACUUUUGUUUUGGUUUAUAUUGACAGAUGGAAAUUUCGCACGUACACUUUAUUCAAGUGACUGAUAAAUAUUGCCCAUCAGGUGCAAGUAAUAUAAUUGUGCCUGUAUAUCUUAGUUACCCCCCCACGUUAAGAAGAUAAAGUUGUGUUUCUCUGGAAGAGAAGAAAUUAAAAAUAAAAUGGCUGCGUACAUUAUAUUUCAGCUAAAGAAUUGACCAUUUUAUCUUUGAUUGGACUAAGAAUUUUGGAAACUUGCAUAAGCAGCAAAGACCUCAACAAACUGAAAAAAGACAUCACACGUCAAUUCAUUUGCCAAACGGGGUGGGGGUGGGGAAUGAAGGUGGGUAGAUUGAUUUUUAGAGGGUACUGACUUCAAAACAGCUUAGCGCCAAUGAAAACUUGUAUUUUAUCGUUAAAAAGUAUCUCGAAGUCAGAAAAUAAACGUUUUUAAAACUAAGACUUGGGGCCACUUAGCAUUGGUGAGAUUUUUGCGAAGGGUUCAACUAAAGCACGCGUAAUGUAAUUCAAAUGUGGUUUGGAGCGCGCGCUUAAACUUAAAAUGUAAUUCCUAAGCAAAGACGCGUAUUUUGGGCAACAAUGUUGGAACAAUGAUGAUCAUGUCGCCUAACUUACAGUCUUCCUAGCAUGAUCAUAAUGCUUAAAAUCACUGGCACAACAGAGAAAUAUUUUUAUCUUUUUUCAUCCCUUAGUUGUGUAACAUCCCUUGUAAAGUAUAUUUUAAACUUCUCAGGAAGUUUUAGAGGGACUCUCGUUUCAACUCACUGCGAAUUCAUGCCACGGGGGAAUUAAAAUCGUGCCAAGCGAACUCCUCGUGGUUUUCUUAGAACAUGCUUUUGGUGCCUAUUGAGAGAGGUUGCUCGCAAGCUACAUGCUUUUGCUAUCAAAACUAGGCCCUCUAAAAAUUGCAUGCAGAGGAAACUGAAAUUGAAUAAAAGAUGAGAAACCGU